UUUGUCAAUUAACCUUUAUUUGUGUCUUUAUCAUUUUUCGAGUAAUUGUCAUUUUAUUUAUUGAUAUUUUUUAAAAAUAUUGAUGGAUUAUUCACCAAAAUCGGAUGUGUUAUUUUGAUAACGUAAUAUAGCAUUACUGCAAUUCAGUUAAACCAAUAUUUAUCGUAUUAAUAACAGAUAACUGUGGUUUUUCUCAAACUCACAACAAAGAAUUUUCUAGAUCCAAAAUUCCAACGCACUUGUUACCGUGCUUGAAUAAUGAUUAUAUAUGAGUUAGCUAUUCUGCUGUGAUAUACUGUACUAACAAUGUACGCUUGGGGGAGUACAAUUAAUGGAGAACUAGGUCUAGGAGGCAUCGAGGAAGAACAUAUCUUAAUACCACGAUCCUUAGAUUGGUAUCUGGCUAAUAAAGUAGUAGAAUGUGCAUUAGGUGAUAACCAUACAUUAUUUCUGACCAAAGAAGGCAAAGUAUAUUCUUGUGGAAAUAAUGAUUAUGGACAAUUAGGCCAUGAUCAACCUAGAAAAAGGCCACAACCUGUCACGGGUUUGGAUGCAUACAAUAUUAUUCAUGUGAGUUGUGGAGCAAUGCAUUCGGUAGCUUUAAAUCAGUGGGGUCAAGUAUUUUCCUGGGGUUCCGACUAUCAUGGGCAAUUAGGUCAGCAACUUGGAGAAAAUAUUCUAUCAACACCGAAGAUAGUGAGAAUGUUAGCCUCCCACCAUGUCGUACAAAUAGCCUGUGGAAAUAGACACACUGUGGCCUUAACAAAUAGUGGAGAGAUAUUAGUUUGGGGAGCCAAUAGUUUUGGUCAACUUGGGUUAGGAUUACUUUCUCGAUGUGAAACAAUUCCAAAAGCAAUAGAGUCUUUAAAAGGAAUUCCUUUUGCUUUUAUUGCAUGCGGUGCAAAUCAUACAUUUGCAGUUUCAAAAUCAGGAGCUGUGUUUGGAUGGGGUAAAAAUACAAGAGGUCAACUUGGUCUAAAUGAUACAACAAAUAAAGCUUUUCCAACUCAACUUAGAACAUUAAGAAAUCUAAAAGUGCGUUAUAUUUCAUGUGGUGAAGAAUUUUCAGCAUUUUUAACUCUAGAUGGGGGAGUUUUUACAUGUGGGGCAGGAAUGUAUGGCCAGCUUGGUCAUGGAAGUAAUAGCAAUGAAAUUUUACCUAGACAAGUAAUAGAAUUGAUGGGUUCAACUAUUACUCAGAUUGCUUGUGGUAGGCAGCACUGUCUAGCUCUAGUACCUUCUAGGGGAAGGGUAUAUAGCUUUGGGAUAGGUGGCUCUGGUCAGUUAGGAGUUAGAAAGACAAACAAUGCUAAUACACCUCAAGCAGUUCUUGGUCCAUGGGUUUCACCUAGUGGCAAUUGUUUAGUUCCUAGUGAUAAUAAAAUCGGUUGUAAUCUAGUCAUUCAUAGAAUAUUUGCUGGUGGGGAUCAUUGUUAUGUAUCUGUAGUUCCACAAGAUAAAAAAAUUCCAAAUUAUGAUUGUAGAGAGUAUAGCCCAGACACUCAAAUUCUUUCUAUACAGAAUAGUUUUGUUAAAACUUUGUUAAAAAUUCCAAGUAAACAACCAGUGGAUCAAGAUGUCUUGAGCAUUUUAGAGACAGCCUUUAAAAGUUUAGCUUGUUUGAAUGCUUCUUUCUUACUGGAAGAUGAAAAACAUUAUUAUUGCACUAGUAAACAUCAUGGUGUGGACAUAAAAUGUGCUGAAGAUACUUAUGAUUUAAUUGGAAAAAUUGAACAUGAAAGCAUUCAAAGUUUGAUAUGGACAGGCAUAACAGAAAGUGUAUUAAAUCAACUCACUUCAAAUCCACCUGAUGUAGAAACGCUUAGGAUAUAUCUUACGCUGCCUUUAUACCACGAAUUUAACAACCCCAAACAAUACAAUAAAUUGCAAAAGCCUUUUGCAAGUUCAAUGCUUGGUCUCAAACAGCCAGCUAAUAAAGUAGUGGCAUCCUGGUGGGGUAUGAUGGCAGCAGAAUAUUUUGAAAGAUUAGUUAAUAUAUUUAAAAAUAUAGCUAGUUUUAUUUUAAGAAACCAGAGAAUUCCAGAAGGAAGGACAGCAUUUUAUGAUGCCGCCCUAGUUGCUAUGUUGGACAUUAUGGCGUUACUAAAUAAACUUAAUCAUAAUGUUGAUGGUUUAAAGGUUCCAUUUGACAUAUUUCAUAUAAACGAUUUGCACGACUAUCUAGAUGUUCGGAUAGAUUAUGUGUUGUGGCUGUCAGACAAAGAUUCUGGAAAAUUAUUUUUAUGUAAUUAUCCAUUUGUAUUUGAUGCACAUGCAAAAAUGAAGUUAUUAGAAACUGAUCAAUCCCUUCAAAUGCAAAAUGCAAUGCAAAAUGCUGCUCAGCAGGCUGUUAUAUCUGCUCUAUUUAACCCUACAAGACCAGUAUCAAUAACUCAGUUUCUUAUGUUAAAUGUUACCCGGGAAAAUAUUGUAGAAGAUACCCUGAGAGAAUUAAGAACUGUUAAUACACAUGAUCUUAAGAAACCCUUAAAGAUUAAAUUCUGCGGAGAGGAAGCUGAAGAUGCUGGGGGAGUAACAAAAGAAUUUUUUAUGCUUUUACUUCGAGAAAUAUUAGAUCCGAAAUAUGGAAUGUUCAAAGAGUAUGAAGAAACUAGAGCAAUUUGGUUUUCGGAAAAUCCGUUUGAAGAGAACAGCGUCUAUUUUUUGAUAGGCAUGAUUUGCGGACUGGCUAUCUACAACUUUACCAUCAUAGAUAUACCUUUCCCCUUAGCCCUGUAUAAAAAACUUCUAAACGAACCAGUAGGUCUCAAUGAUAUGAAGGAGCUCUCUCCAUCUGUAGCGAAUUCUUUAAAAAGUCUUCUGGAAUACAGCGAGGACGAUUUACAAGACAUCUUUUGUCUCUCAUUUGAUAUUAAUAGAGACAUAUGGGGAGAGGUAGUCACUGUAGAAUUGAAGCCUAAUGGUUCAAAUAUACCCGUGACUCAAGAAAAUAAACAGGAAUACGUUAAUCUUUAUGUAGACUAUGUAUUUAACAAAUCCGUUCAAAAUCAGUAUGAUGCGUUUCAUAAAGGGUUUAUGAAAGUUUGCGAUGGUAGAGUGCUGCAGCUGUUUCAUUCUCAUGAACUGAUGGCUAUAGUUAUUGGAAACGAAAAUUAUGAUUGGCAUGCGUUGGAAGAGGCAGCCGAGUAUAAAAAUGGGUAUAAAUCGUCAGAUCCGACAAUAAGACACUUUUGGGAGGUUAUUCAUGAAAUGUCGUUAGAAGAUAAAAAGAAAUUUUUGUUGUUUUUAACUGGUACCUAUAGAAUACCUAUACAGGGUAUGAAGGGUAUUAAGAUUGUAAUUCAGCCGACCAAUGACGAUAAAUUUCUCCCGGUUGCCCACACUUGCUUCAAUUUGUUGGACUUACCUCGAUACAAGACUAAAGAAAGGCUCAGAUACAAGCUUAUGCAGGCCAUUCAGCAAACUCAGGGAUUCUCAUUGGUGUGAGAACGAUUUCGAACGUAUAUUUUUACAGUUGUUAUGUCGUAAGGAUUGGCCUUUUACAAUCGUGUGUAAGCUAGUCUAUAAUUUUUGUAUUAUGUUUAUAAAUACAUUCAAAGGAAAGAAAUCAAUAUAACUUUAUACAAUUAUAAGUGAUUUUUUACAACCACGCGAGAGACGUAUUGUUAUUUUAUAAAACAAAUGGAACUAAGGAUA